GAGGAAUAUCACAGGCACCGUCGAGCGCUGAGCUUGCACCUUCCGUCUUUGCACCUGUUGGUAGAGUGUUGCAAUAACUACUAAUAAUAUAUCUGACACUUUAGUUCAAGACUAUCAGCAUUGCAUUUAGCAGGAGUUUGUUCCCCGUCACGGGCUGGAGACUGGCGUGGCUUGUGGCUAAAACACGGCUCGGUCGUCGAAUACGAACGCUGGGCACUUUCUUAUGGAUCAUGGAACUGCAGAGCGGAUUUCCCCGCAUCCUGAAUGCUGGGCGAAGUCUUGGGAUGGAAGAUGCCGAUUCCCCCCUGUACGGUUGCUGAUUCUUUCAAAAUCUCAGCAGCUAGCACUGAAGCUAGACGUCGUUGCUGAAUGCACAGGGUCGAUGCCCUCAGCGUGUGCUACGAGGGGAUGUAUCUGGACGCUUUUUUCGAUGAGAAACUCGACCACCGCUCACCGAGCAGGGGUCGGGUCGCCUAGAGUUCCAGCACCCUACUACGUUCAGUCGAGCGUCGAUCGGAAUCCAACAAGACGGAACAGUUCGCGCGGAAGGUUUAGGGCCGAGGGAAAUUGCGCAAGCCGUGAACACGCUUACCAGUAUUGCUGGUGGGUGAAAAUUCGGUCUGUAACUCUGCAUUUUCUGAUGCAACUCAUGCAUCACCGCAUUACAUUAGCUUCGCGGUGGCCAUUGGUCGAGGCAGGUAAGCGAUCGCAUUGCGGUGUUCAGAUGUCUUCUAACCUUCUCGCAUAUGCCCUUCAGGUUUCUGCUGACGGGGAUGUUUGAGUGAUUUCGCGGGUGGGACGAACGUCAAGUAUCACUGUGGCGAAAGCACCCACCAAACUGCAACUGGUAUGGUGAAAUAUAUGAUUGAUUGAUGCAGGGGAGGAGGAGGUUCCUUGGGGAGGGCUUCGUCGGUUGCGUC